ACAGUAGUUUACAUGUUGAAUGAAGAUUGAGGUUCUUAUUUGGGUCUGUCCUAGGCAUCUCUUGUGAGUGCUGCUCGUGUGUCCCAGCUGAAGGGCAACAUCACUAUGCCAUCUGCAGCUCCCAUCAUAAGUGGUAUACAGAAGCUGACACUGUAUGAAACUAGAGCGAGGUAUUUUGUAGUUGGAAACAAUCACGCAGAAACAAAGUACCGUGUUUUGAAAAUUGAUCGCACUGAACCCAAGGACUUGGUAAUUAUUGAUGACAAGCAUGUUUACACUCAGCAAGAAGUACGAGAGCUUCUUGGUCGUCUUGACCUCGGAAAUCGGACAAAAAUGGGACAGAAAGGCUCAUCUGGAUUAUCUCGAGCUGUGUCUGCUUUUGGCAUUGUAGGAUUUGUACAGUUUUUAGAAGGUUAUUACAUUGUACUAAUCACAAAGAGAAGGAAAAUGGCUGAUAUUGGUGGACACGCAAUAUACAAAAUAGAAGACACUAGCAUGAUCUAUAUUCCUAAUGAUUCAGUUCGUGUUACUCACCCAGAUGAAGCAAGGUAUUUGAGAAUUUUUCAAAAUGUGGAUCUGUCCAGUAACUUCUAUUUCAGCUAUAGUUAUGAUUUAAGUCACUCACUGCAAUACAAUCUUACCAUCUUGACAACUCCAACUGAGAUGUUAAAGACUGAGACAGCAACUCAGACACGGCAGGAAGGUUUUGAUAUAUUUGAGGAUGAAGAGUUAAGUAACCAUGGAGGCAGCUGUGUCUUUGGAAUACGCAGUGAGCCGUAUAUGAAAUAUGUGUGGAACGGAGAGCUCUUUAAAAGUGUAAAGGAUAUAAUACAUCGCGACUGGCUCCUGCAUAUCAUCCAUGGAUUUUGCGGGCAGUCAAAACUACUAAUUUAUGGUCGGCCAGUGUACGUGACUUUGAUGGCUAGAAGAUCAAGCAGGUUUGCUGGAACUCGUUUCCUAAAGAGAGGAGCAAAUUGCGAGGGAGAUGUUGCCAAUGAAGUAGAGACAGAGCAAAUAGUACAUGAUGCCUCUGUGAUGUCAUUUACUGCCGGAAGCUACUCGUCAUAUGUCCAAGUCAGAGGUUCAGUUCCUCUGUACUGGUCCCAAGAUAUCUCUACUAUGAUGCCCAAGCCACCGAUUACUUUGGACCAAGCUGAUCCUUAUGCACAUGUUGCUGCAUUCCAUUUUGACCAAAUGUUUCAGAGGUUUGGUUCGCCCAUUAUCAUCCUGAAUCUUGUGAAGGAACGUGAGAAGCGCAAGCACGAGAGGAUUCUCAGUGAUGAACUUGUUGCGGCUGUUCGAUACUUAAAUCAGUUUGUACCUCCAGAGCACUCCAUAGUUUAUAUUCCCUGGGACAUGGCUAAAUACACAAAAAGCAAGCUGUGCAAUGUUCUGGAUAGACUGAAUGUAAUUGCUGAAAAUGUUGUGAAGAAAACCGGUUUCUUUGUUAAUCGACCAGAUCCCUAUUGCAGUGUCAUACGGCCUGAUGAGAAGUGGAAUGAACUGGGUGGAAUUGUUGGACCAUCUGGACGUCUACAGACUGGUGUUCUGCGGACAAACUGUGUUGACUGCUUAGAUCGAACCAACACUGCACAGUUCAUGGUGGGAAAAUGUGCUUUGGCUUAUCAACUUUUUUCUCUGGGAUUUAUUGACAAACCCAAUUUGCAGUUUGAUACAGAUGCUGUUAGGCUGUUUGAAGAAUUGUAUGAGGAUCACGGCGACACAUUGUCUCUUCAGUAUGGUGGCUCCCAGCUUGUACACAGAGUGAAAACCUACAGAAAGAUUGCGCCGUGGACACAGCAUUCAAAAGAUAUUAUGCAGACACUGUCUAGAUAUUACAGCAAUGCUUUUUCAGAUGCAGACAGACAAGACUCCAUCAAUCUAUUCCUCGGGGUUUUCCAUCCAGUGGAGGGCAAACCCCAUCUUUGGGAGCUCCCCACAGAUUUCUAUUUGCAUCAUAAGAACACAAUGAAACUUCCUCAAGCAAAGCGAAGCUAUACAUUUUGGUGGACUCCAGGGGUGCUGGAAAAUUUACCUCUUCCAUUUGAUGAGGUUCAUUAUGCUGAAAAUCGAAAGAAGAUGACCAUAAAGAAGUUCAACAAAUACAAUGAAGAGACAAAUAUCUAUAAUGAAUUCUUUCGACCUUAUGAAUUGAGCAGUUUUGAUGAAAUGUUUUGCCUGGCUAUGACCAAUUCAGCAAGAGACUUUAUGCCAAAAAAUGUUGGCAGUGAUCCAAGCCCAUUUACAGUUCGCAAGCCUGAUGAAACUGGGAAGUCUGUACUAGGCAAUAAGGCAAACAGAGAGGAGACUGUAUUACAACGAAAAACUGCAGCAAGCGCACCACCUCCUCCCAGUGAGGAAGCUGUAUCUAGCAGUUCUGAAGAUGACUCGGGAACUGAUAGAGAAGAGGAUGGAGCUGUUUCUCAGCGUUCGACCCCGGUGAAAAUGACCGAUGCUGGAGACAAUCCCAAAACCGCAGAGAAUUCUGCUCAAUCAACAAAAGAUACAUAUGGGAUUAAUCUUUCAGAUAGUCCUUCAGAGGCCGAUCUGCAUAUCUACACAAGAUUUGUACAUUUGGGACUCUGCCAACAUCGCCAAGACAAAAGAAGUUUGAAAAUCAAAUCCAAGCCCUUAGAUACAAUUUUAAAACUGAGCUGCAUCUCUUCCUUCUCACAAGACAAUAUUUAUGAAGUCCAACCUCCCAAGGUAGAUAGAAAGUCAAUUGAGAUAUUCAGUGCUCAUAUCCAAGCAGGACGAGGCAUCAUGCAGCCUCUGGGCAAAGAGGACAUGCUCACAUACCGAGACUACUUUCGAAACCGCUACAUGUAAAGUAACAAAAUGGAAUACAAGUGGAUGAAAAUAAAAUAUUCAACACAUGGACAACACUAGCGUCAAAUUAUUUAGAUGCUGUGUUUAAAUCAAUAACAUUCCUGUACUUUAUUUUCAAAAUAGUUAAAAUUUUAGGAAGUUUUUUUGAUAUUCAAUAACUAUUGACUGCAUUGUAACUAAAAUGUUCUAUAGCGUCCAUUCUUCGUGCAUUUUUUGUCUGUAUCCCUCUGUCACACCCUUUACUUUGUAUUAAA